AGCUCGCGUUGCGUUCUAGCUCAUCGCGUCGCGUGCGCGUUCCUCCUGCGCAAACCCCAGGUUGCCGGUUCCCAUGGUUUCCCGCAUCACAUGCGCGGCUUUCCUUACAAAAAAAGAUGCCAGCUCUUGAAUUCCCUGCCAUUUUUACGCCUGCGAAUUAGAGGACGCGCUCGGACACGAGAGGAAACAGACGCAGAUGGUGGAAUAGUGAGAAAUCCGUCGCUUUGCCUCUGCGGAUCACUCUUCUCAGCUGACGCGGCGAAACGGGACCGACUGCUGUAACGUUGCGCGCAAGAUCGGGCCGAAUUUUGCGCACAUUUCACCGUCAGGAAAUGAGUAUAGAAAUCCCCGAGGGCUUGACGGAGCUUCUGCAGAGCUUUACCGUGGAGGUCCUGAGGAACCAGCCGGCAGAUCUGCUGGAGUUCGCGCUGCAGUACUUCACGCGUCUCAAGGAGAACGAGACGCGCGGCGGCGCGUUCGGCAAUGAGCACAAUUCAGCCGCGCGAGCGGGGAAAGCCGUCAACUUCAUCGAGGAGGCCAUGCAGAUCGACUCCGAAAACGGAGAGGACGAGGACGACGAUGAAGAAUUCGUAGCUCCGGUUAUCAACAGAUUUGUCCGGAGAGCUUCUGUUUGUGCGGAGGCGUACAACCCUGAUGAGGAUGAAGAGGAGAGAGAACCCAGGGUCACUCACCCCAAAACAGACGAGCAGAGACAGAGACUACAGGAAGCCUGCAAAGACAUCCUACUGUUCAAAAACCUGGACCAGGAGCAGAUGUCACAAGUCUUGGAUGCCAUAUUUGAGAAGGUCGUGGUGACCGGAGAGCACAUCAUCGAUCAAGACGACGAUGGAGACAACUUCUACGUCAUUGAGAGAGGAACGUUUGACAUCAUGUUGAAAGUGGACGGCACCACGCGGACCGUGGGCUCUUAUGACAACCGUGGGAGUUUUGGAGAGCUGGCCCUCAUGUACAACACGCCGAGGGCCGCCACCAUCAUCGCUACCUCACCUGGAGCUCUGUGGUGCCUCGAUCGGUUGACAUUCAGAAGGAUCAUCUUAAAAAACAAUGCAAAGAAGAGAAAAAUGUACGAGGCUUUCAUCGGGACUCUUCCUCUGCUCACGUCACUGGAGGUUUCAGAGAGAAUGAAGGUUGUUGAUGUCUUGUCGACCAAAGUGUACAACAGUGGGGAACAGAUCAUUGCUCAGGGUGAUUUGGCAGAUUGUUUCUACAUCGUAGAGUCCGGACACGUUAGGAUCACUAUGAAGAGGAGCAAAUCGAAAAACGACACUGAAGACGAGGAGGUGGAGAUUGCCACAUGCUCAAGAGGUCAGUAUUUCGGAGAGCUGGCACUCGUCACUAACAAGCCACGGGCGGCUUCUGCAUACGCCAUGGACAACGUCAAAUGCUUAGUAAUGGACGUGCAGGCCUUUGAGAGGUUAUUAGGCCCCUGCAUGGACAUCAUGAAACGAAACAUAGCCAAUUACGAGGAGCAGCUGAUCACGCUCUUCGGGAGUCACAUCGCAAUAGAGGAGCCGAAUGCAUGAAAUCAGUUAAUCAAUAAACAUCGCAAACUUAUAAUGCAAUGUGAACGAUGAGAAGAUGGUAAGUAGAGGCCCGUCAUCAUGGUGGAGAAAUCGUGUUAACAUAGGUCAUAAGCUUGAAGUUAUUGUUUUGCAUUCACAGAUGUGAAACUCCGGUGUGUGUCUAUGAUCUUGGGGUUUUUUUUUAGAUGUGAAAAGCCAAAUGCGAGCACUUUCCUCCAGGGUACUCAAGGUUUAUGGGAGAUUCCUCAUGGUUAUUUGGUUUGGGGAUUUGGUACCAGUUUGUUUAUCUGAAUCUUUAUCAUUUUUUAAAAACUUGGUUUGUGUUUCUUUCACAUGCUGCAUCUUUUCCACACAAAGAGUGCGUUGUUAUGCCAUAUACAGCACUGUAAUAUGUUAAAAUAUUCUUUUAAAGCUAUACUUCUGAAUUUUCAAAUCUGCUGUUGAGCAUUUGUCAGUGUUUUCAGUGUUAAGUAAAAUCAUUUUUACUGCGAGCCACUAUUUUUGACUAAACAUGAAAUGUGAACAGUGACUUAUAAUGAAUUAUGGACUACAUGCCAUGAGUUGGAAGUCAACAUGAAAACUAAAUUGAGCAUAUUUACUUAGAGCACAUUAAUAAUGAAUAAAAGUUUGUAUUAAAAAUUGCAAUGGCUAUAAAAUAACAUUUGUUUCACGUUGACUUUUAUACUCAAGUUUCAUUACAUUUCCAUGAGUUAGUAAACUUUCAAAUUGCUUGGGAAUACAAUAUGAAAGGAGACAGACUCAAUAACGUAUAAAAAAUUAAAAUGCAGUCUGAAUAUUAUUGCACUUUGUUGCCAGUGUAAUAAAAAUACCUAAUUUAAUGGAACAGCUCAACCAGAAAUUAAAAUGUACUCACCCCCAGGCCAUCCAAGAUGCAGAUGAGUUUGUUUCUUCAUCAGAUUUGGAGAAAUGUAGUAUUACAUCACUUUCUCAACAACGGAUCCUCUGCAGUGAAUGGGUGCCGUCAGAAUGAGGGUCCAAAAAUGAUUUUAUCUAAAUCAGGUGGAUUACUGUGAAGUUUUUAUCAGCUUUUUGGACUCUCACUCUGACGGCACCCAUUCACAUCCAUUGCUGAGCAAGUAAUGAAAUGUUAAGUUUCUCCAAGUCUGAUGAAGAAACAAACUCAUCUACAUCUUCGAUGCCCUGAGGGAGCGUAUACAUUUUCAUCAAAUUAUCAUUUCUGGGUGAACUUGAGGUUGAACAACACUACAUGUUUUUAAUUCCUUGUUUUUGCACAAUCUUUUAAAGAAACUCCUCACAGUCACAUAAGAAUAGUUAAUAUAGGCAUUGUGUAUCUUUAGUUUUAAAAUGGUGUAGCACAUUUUUAUUAAUUGUUCUUUUUUUAAAAUAACUAUAUCAUUUCACAAUGAAUUGAGAUGUAUUCAACAUGCACAAAUUGUACAUUCACCUUCAUUUCUAGAUGCUCAAUGACAUUUGCGCUCUCUGAAAAAGUCUGAAUGAUUCCUCUCUUUUCCUGUGUAUAUUUUUGAGUUACGUUUACUUUGUUUCUGGAAGCUUUUGGCAUUUUGAUAAUGUUCUUCAAAACACUUGCUUUAUUCUUCAUUUCUGCAGUAUUUGGACACCGUUUUUUUCUCUAUCUCUUGAUGUAUGAGAAGUUUGUCCUUGUUGAUUGGAUCUUUUGCUUCACAGCAAGUCAUGUGCAUUACUAGUAUUAUCCAUUUCUUCCUAAAACAUUACUGAAUUCAUUACUGUCUACCUCUAAAAUGAACAGCUUAGCCAUCAUCACCUCUUCCCAUGUAGAUCCCCACAGGUUUGUCUGUUGGUAAACUAACCUGUAGUGAAUCCCUAAACCAUAUCUGUGCGUCAGUGUAACUUUACAUAAUUUCUACCCUGUUCACCCGGGGAGGGAAAGACUUUUAAUUGCCAAUCAGUGCUCAUUUCUGUACCAUUUCUGUGUGAAUUUCUGCCGCCUAAUUGAGAAGUCGCUAAUGCUUUUUAUGUCCUGAAAAUGGAUCAAAGGUCUACACUCUCUUGGUGCAAGAGAGCCCAGUACUAUACCGUCAGUUAUAUUUGACUUUCCAUUCAAAUAAAGAACAAUUUUGUAUUUAAAAAAAAA